CCUAAUUACUCUUUUCGUUUAAGUUGUUAUAAUUUGCUCCAAAUAUUCUAGCUUUAGCUUUUCUUUCUGCAUUUUCAUUACCAAAUGGCUGAAAUGAAAGAUUGCCAACACCAUGUUGUGGAAAUCCCGGUGGACGAAGAGCACCAACAGAAGCUCUCGUCCGCCAUGACCAUCAUUUCGGCAAUCCAACACCACCCGUUAACGGAAAUCUCCGAGAGCCCCGGCCAUUUGCUUCUUCUCAAGCUCUGGCGAAGAGAAGAAGACCUCUUCGGCCGGAGGAUCGCUCGGAGAGAGACCCGAAUGGAUCUCAUCCGCCGCGAGAUCUUUCAGCUGUGUUGCUUCUUCUUGAUAUUUCAUGCCUUUUUCUUGACCAUCUUGUUCACUUCUUCGGUUAGCUCCGAGGAGGGGACUUGCCAGAAGUGGUGGAUUCCGAGCAUUCUUUCGGUUUCAACUUCUGUUGUAUUUGUGGUACUUGUGCAGGUCAACCUGUGGAGGUACUGGAAGGUGUGGGGACAGUUACAGAGGGAGAAGAGCGAGAAUCGAACUCUAGUGAGGUGCAUUCAGGAGUUGAGGAUGAAGGGAGCGAGCUUUGAUUUGUCCAAGGAGCCGCAGAGUGGGAAGAGGAUGAAGAGCUCCAGUGUCGAGAUCAAGUGGAAGCCCAUCACUUGGUGCUCACAGAACUUGAUCACCAUCUGCCUUGUUUGCUUUGCAGGUUUGGUGUUUCCUGCCUCCAAAUUGAUGCUCUGCGGCGGCUUCUGAGCUUUGGGAGAUUCCUAGUUAUCUUGACCUUGAGAAAGUCAACUGACUGUGCAUGUUGUGGUACAAUUCAGUAUGGCAUUGAUAAACUCCUAAAUGUAGGUGUUUCCUGCCUUCUAGAUUGAUGAUCGCGGCAGCUUGGAGGUCUGGCGGAGUGUUCUGUUGAUGAUCUUUCUCAAGGCUGUAAAUUUGGAAGAUGUUGCAACUGAGAAGGGAAGCAUUGCGAUCCAUUGCAUAGUAAAAGUAACAAAUCAUGCCAAUU